CUCACCCUCACCCCCACCACCCCCACCCCCUGGGCACCAUGAACACCAACGUGUGCGUGGAGACGGGGCCCAGCGCCGAGGCGCCGGGCCUGCCCAAGGAGAACCACCUGCCCGACGGCGCCCUCAACAGCCUUGUGGAUUACAACUCGGAGAUGGAGAGGUACCGCUCCUUCGCCACCUUCUACAAAACCAACGGCGGCGCCUUCCCGCAGGCGGCCAAGAUCGCGCGCAUCACCACCCCCAUCUUCCCCAGCGCCGCCGCCGCCGCCGCCGCGCGCAUCGGCAUGUCGCCCUGGAACUGCGACACGGCCACGGCCGCCGCCGCCACCGCCAUGCUGUGGGGCAGCGGCGCGGGCGGCGGCGGCGCGGGCGUCGGAGGCCCCGCCAACCCGGCGGCGGCCGUGGCCGGCGGCGUGGCGGCCCGCAAAGCCGCCGCCGCCGCUGCCGCCUCCUCCGCGGCAGCAGCCGCCGCCGCCGCAGCCGCCGUGGUGUCGUCGUCGGUGUCGUCGUCGUCGUCGUCGCUGCACGCCGCCGGCCGGAGCGGCGGCGGCGGGGCCGGAGCCAGCGGCCUGCACCACCGCGGCGACUCCCAGCAGCGCCUAGGCAAGCCGGGCUGCGCGCCGGCCGAGCAGGCCUCGUUGCAAAUGGCCAACAACAACUUCCUCUCCACCUUGGCGCCCGAGCACUGCAGACCUUUGGCGGGCGAAUGCAUGAACAAGCUCAAAUGCGGCGCCGCCGAAGCGGAGAUAAUGAAUCUCCCCGAGCGCGUGGGGACUUUUUCCGCUAUCCCGGCUUUAGGGGGCAUCUCAUUACCUCCCGGGGUCAUCGUCAUGACAGCCCUGCACUCCCCCGCCGCAGCCUCCGCAGCCGUCACAGACAGCGCGUUUCAAAUUGCCAAUCUGGCAGACUGCCCGCAGAGCCAUUCCUCCUCCUCGUCGUCCUCCUCCUCCCUGGGAGCCGCCGGAGGAGGAGGAGGCGGAGGGGGAGGCGGGGGCGGAGGAGGAGGAGGAGGCGGGGGAGGAGGUGGAGGCGGAGGAGGGGCAGGCAACCCUGCCAAGAAGAAGAGGAAAAGGUGCGGGGUGUGCGUGCCCUGCAAGAGGCUCAUCAACUGUGGCGUGUGCAGCAGUUGCAGGAACCGCAAAACGGGACACCAGAUCUGCAAAUUUAGGAAAUGUGAAGAGCUAAAGAAAAAACCUGGCACUUCGCUAGAGAGAACACCAGUUCCCAGCGCCGAAGCAUUCCGAUGGUUCUUUUAAGCAGUAGUAUUAUCUUAUUUUCAAGGCAGCCUGAAGUGAAUGGCAAGCUAAGGUCUUGUUUUAAGAAACUGCUUAGUCCACCACUGAAGAAUAUAUUCAGAUAACUAUUUUCACUUAUGUAUAGGGGUUUCCUCAAAAACAAAAAACAAAUUAUGAAGUAGGGUGGUCUCCGGGUAAGAGGGGAAGGGAAAGCCACUUUGAAUAACCCAUCGGCGAUAAUGCAGACGUUUCUCCCCACUGAAAUGCCUGAACAUAAGAUAGUACUGUUUGAGCUCCUAAUUCAUCAUGUUCACGUUCACUGUCUUGUGUUUUCAUGCUGUUCAGAAAAACCCUCCUUGCGGUCACUUGUCCGUCCCCCUCCACUGCUGCCCACCUUUCCCCAAAUGACCCAGUUGCAUUUUUAGCAACUGGUUCCAGUUUUAGCUACCACCGUUUGUUUUCCUCUCUGAAGACCCCCCCCCCCCAAAUAAGGGAACACGCCAUACCAGAGGACUCUAACCAGCUCGUGAGGGCCACUCUCUUAUCAGGAGACCACCACAUCUGGGACCCUGGGGGAAUUGGCCAGUUGACUCACAUUCAAUACACCAAUUCUUUCUUUGAUGUAAUUUAGCUAUACUAGUGAAGUUGUUGUCUAUUUUUAAAGUGGCUGUAAAAAAAAAAAGUUUGGGUAAACCCCUGCUAUAAAAUAAUGUAUCUUUACAAAGUACCAUAUCUAUACUUCAUUUUCCAAUAUAUGUGUUUCAGUACUGUAAACUGUACAGAUAGCAGCUUGUAUUUUGUGUGUUUAGACACAAAGAGACAAUCACGUCUGAGCGUCUAUGGAGCGUAACUGUUUGUACACAACAGUGUGGUUCUGCAAGUUAAAUCCGGAGCAAUAAAUCCAAGUUUUUAAGUAUUAUUUCUGCCAGUUGUCCAGUAGCACCACUGUUUUUACCGUUUAUACCUGAUGCAAAGUUGUGCAAGACAUGUGCAAGAUUAUUAUGCACCCAACAAAUACCUUUUGGACCAUACUGUUGUAUGAAAAGGAAAGACAUAAAAUGUAAAAGUUAAUUGUUUGUGAGCACGAUAUUAGAGUAGCAAAUGCUUAAUUGCGUUGCUUCGGAAAGAGCUUUACAGAACAGGAUCCGUCCAAAGCAUGUACAUUUAGCAGACCCACUUUGCACUGCACCACAAAAUAGAGUUUACAGCAUAAGAGGACAUACAGAAAGGAUUUAACAGAGAGUUAUAUCAAAGUUGUUGUAGGAUACAAAAUGAAAAGAGUACCAAACCUUAUUUCGGGGUGGGGUGGGGGAGAUGGAAAUUUGUCACUCAAUAUAUUUACCUUCCCUCUGGAAGUUGUUUUAUAGAACUUUCAAUAGGAUUUUUUUAAAAAUACCCUUUAUAAUGUAUCUGAAACUAUUUUUGCCCUAUGUGCAACAUUUAUUUCUUAGAAUAGUUUGUAAGGUUAGAUGGCAUUGCAUCAUCUCUGCAGGUCAUGAGAGCCUGAAUAUCUUUAUGGUGUUCACAAAUAUUAGCACUUCUAAUGCAAUUAAAAUUGGGGUGGGGGUGUGAUUUAUACUUUUCUCUGCCUAAUUUUGCCCUGCUGGCCCCACAGCGGAAUUACUCGGCAUGGAAUUUUAACUGUACCGACAAACCAUUGGCUUUGCUGAUUAGGCUCUGGUUAAAUCGUUCAUAGCAAAAUCCCAUACAUGCCCAUUCAUAAGUAAGCCCCCCUGAGUUCAAUGAGAUUGAACAGGUAACUGUGCAUAGGAUUGCAGUCAUUUUUUAUCAUGGGGGAAACUCACAGGCUUGAAGAGUAUUAGAUGUUUUGGACAGCAUCAAAGAGUUUUGAUUUAAGAUGAGCAGAAAAGGCCACCACAAUGAAUCACUUCCUCUCUCUAGCUUGUUUUCAGCUGCCUUUAAAACCAGGAGGAUUUUUAAAAAAGAUUUCUUUUAUCAUAUCAAUUUUGUUUAACCCUUGAAAGUAGCAUUUGAGGAGUAACACCAGAAGAGUGAAUUGGUUCUCUCUCACUACACAGUAAGGACAUAGCUCUGGCUCAGGCAAAGUGCUGCACCAUAGCUUAGCAUUACAACAGCAAGCCUAGUUUCCACCCCAGGACUAUGAGCUUCCUCUGGUGCAACCAUGAGGAGUUUGAAAGCUCCCACUUGCAUUUUAGUACAAUACAACUUGCUUUAUCCUUGAAACCCAGACAAAUUCAGGUUAAUCUUAACUAUAGUUAGUGGAAACAAGCCAACUUUAAACCAUGGUUUAUAAAGAUAGGAUGUUUUCACGAACCAUUGUUAAUCUUUAUUGCACAGCAUGCUAAACCACAUGUUCUGACAGCAUGAUAAACUGGGCUUGUCUUGGGUAAUGUUAAACUAUGGUUUAGUUUUAUGUCUGACAACACACUUACAUAUUAUUCCCAGAAUUAGUCUCUUUGAAAUCAAUGGAAUUUAAGGGUUUAAAAGAAGCUCUUGAGGCACAUUAUUUUCUCUUAGUUCCAUGGGGUUAACUUUUUGAGGACUGUGUGUGCAGUUCCAGGUUCUUUUCACAGCUCAGCUUUAUACAUCUUUGGAACAUUUUCUCUAUGGCUUUCUACUGGAAAGCUCAAAUGAAAGGAUACAAUCUUGCUAUGAAGAGUUGUAGUGUAUGAGAAGUGCUCGUGUGAAUGUUCCCAUGUCCUAGUAGGAGACACCUACCUCUCAGCUGGGCUACACCUUUGAAUUAAAUAAAUAGGUUUGUACCAGGUCCCUGUAAAAGGAUGUGUUCAAGGGCCCUUCCAGGCAGCUUCAACUGUGGAGACAGGAAGCUUCUAAUCCCUAGACUUUGGACCCAAGUGUGUGGUAUUUUGACACACAAUGAUGCCUCUCAGGGCUGGUCUAGGUUUUUGCUGUCCAAAAUGGCUACUAUACAUGUCCUAAAAGGUAAGCCACAGCAUGUCCUGCAGCACCACACAAGUACACCUCUUGAACUAUAAGUAACUUCCCAUGGGAACCUUGUAGGCAUCUCAACGUUGAAGGACCAGUUUGGGCUGGCUUCCCAAGAUGCCUUUGGAAAAGAUCUCUGCCCUUCCCCGGAGACACUUCCUGCACCUCUGGUUGAGUGCCAUCCUGGAUGAGCCCUUGAAAGUUUCUCUACUUUAAAUCUACAUAAGUGGGGAAAACCAGGGGACCUGUCUCCUGGGACCCUUCCCCACACCACACCUCUCAGCAGCCCCAUUUCACAUCUUCCCUGAGGGUUUUUGCCUCACUGAAGUGUAUCCUUGAACUCUGAUGGUGCCUCUUGUUUACCCGAAUGGAGGAUAAAGAGGGGUGUGCAAAGGUGUAUAAAAACAAGCUUAUCGCACAAAGAUCACAAUUCCAUUCAUUGAUCUGUUGGCUUUUGCCUCUGGCCCCAUCUACCGCAGGGAUGUAGCCCUCAGAAGCUUUCCCUGAAGGAAGCAUGGGAAGAGAAGAAACCCAUAUCCUGCUCUAGAGUAAAGAAGUUGUAUAUGGCCUUUUUUCACUCCGAGAAAAAAAAGCCCCAAAUUUUUUAUUAUUAUUAAGAAACAAUGGAAUACAACAAAUGCUUGAAGCCUUACUGACCCAACUGGCUGUUGAGCUUGCCUUGUUUGGAAGACCUUUUGUGAUCGCGGUUAAAAGUAGGGACAGAAAAAUUCAGUUCAGGCUACGUUAGGUGUACAAUGAUUCAUAGCAAUGUACUAACUGUCUUAAUACCCUGAUGUUGCAUGUGUCAAUGUGGUUUCAUUUCUGGGUUUUUAUGUUUUGUUUUGUUUUGUUUGAUUGAUUUCGGAAGAACUGAUGAAUUUGUAUAUCGUAAUUGUGAUGUUUUUUACAUGUCAAAUCCGAAUGGUUAAAAAUUCCAAAACUGUCAAUUAUUAUUAUUAUUAUUAAAAAGGACAUGGAUACAUUCA